CAUAAUCAGACCCAUUCUUCUAACCAUCUGAUCAUCCUCUUUCUCAUACUCUCUCUCUUUUCCUCAUAUCUAAUCUAUGAUCGAAUUCUAUACACACAGAAUUUUUCAUCAUAUGGGUAUCGGAAACGAUCCGUGCUUCAUGUUUUCUGCAUUAUUCCUAUGUUGGUUCUCUUUCAUCACCAACCAUCUCUCUCUUGGAGCUGUUGACACCAUUUCAGCAACCCAAUCUCUCUCUGGGGACCAGACCAUUGUUUCAGCUGGUGGAACCUUUGAAAUGGGUUUUUACAAACCAGGCAAGUCUUCCAACUAUUACAUAUCCAUGUGGUACUACGAAGUGUCACCAAAAACCAUAGUUUGGGUAGCAAAUAGAGAUAUACCCAUCUCUAACAAGUAUUCCUCGGUACUCAAAAUCUUAGAUGGUAACUUAGUGCUUCUCAACGAGUCCCAAAUCAUAAUUUGGUCGACAAAUCAUAAGUCGACCACCACCACUUCCUCAAAUUUUGUUGCUGCAGUUCUUGGCGAUGAUGGAAAUUUGGUUUUAAGAGAUGGGUCGAAUUCAAAUUCAACAAAACCAAUUUGGCAAAGUUUUGAUCAUCCUACUCACAGUUGGUUGCCCGGUAGCAAGUUUGCAUACGACAAACGAACCAAAACACACCAAGUUCUAACUUCAUGGAAGAACUCAGAAGACCCUUCACCAGGACUAUUUUCUCUCAAUCUAGAUGCAACUAGCAUCCAGUUUCUUUUGCUGUGGAAUGGGUCUGAACAAUAUUGGACUGGCGGUCCUUGGAAUGGGCAAUUUUUCAGCUUAGUACCUGAAAUGAGGGGUGAUUAUAUGUAUAAUUUUAGCUAUCACGACAACGAGAAUGAGAGUUAUUUCAUAUAUACUCCAUAUAAUUCUUCAUUUAUUUCUGGAUUUAUUAUGGAUGUUUCAGGGCAAGUCAAGGUAGUCACCUGGUUGAGAGGUACCAAGGAGCGGAAUGUAUUGUGGACUCUUCCAGUACAACAAUGCGAGGUUUACGCUUUCUGCGGGGCAUUUGGCACCUGUAAUGAGAAUACAUUGCCUUUCUGUAAUUGCCCGAAUGGUUUCAAUCCUACGUCGAGCAAUGACUGGAAUUCGAUGAGUUAUUCUGGCGGGUGUAUGAGGAGAACCGAGUUAGUGUGUCGAAAUAAUGAAAAGAAAGACACGUUUUUGGAAUAUCCCAACAUGAGAUUGCCUAAACAUCCUCGGUCUGUGGCUGUUGGGAGUGCUGAAGAAUGUGAGUUUACCUGCUUGAGUAACUGCUCUUGCACUGCGUAUGCUUACGACAGUGAUGGGUGUUCAAUUUGGAUUGGAGACCUCUUCAAUAUGCAAGAACUCCUUGAAAACGAUGAUCGUGGAAGAACUCUUUAUCUCAGAGUCGCUGUGUCUAUGUAUUCAAGUGGUAAAAAUAAAAAGGGGAUUAUUGGCGUCGUUUUGGGUUCAGUUUCAGUCGUACUAGUAUUCUCGGGCCUCAUUUUUGCUGUUGGAAAAAGAAGGCAAGUAGACGAAGAGCAAACAACAACAGUUUAUGGUUCAUUGGUUGCAUUUAGAUACAAAGAUGUGAGAAGAGCAACCAAAAAUUUCAAGGAGAAGAUGGGGGGAGGAGGUUUUGGUUCUGUUUUCAAAGGGAAAUUGCCCGAUUCCACUACCAUAGCUGUGAAGCAAUUGGCAAGCGUCAACCAAGGAGAGAAGCAAUUUCGGGCAGAAGUCAGCACCCUAGGAACAAUCCAACACGUUAAUCUUGUUCGCCUUCAUGGGUUUUGCUCUGAAGGUAAAAAGAAGCUAUUGGUAUAUGAAUACAUGCAAAAUGGAUCCUUGGACUCCCAUCUUUUUCAUAAAAUGGAGUCAAAGGUCUUGGAUUGGAAAACAAGGUACCAAAUUGCACUAGGGACAGCCAAGGGGCUAGCUUAUCUCCAUGAAGAGUGCAGGGAUUGUAUCAUACAUUGCGACAUUAAGCCAGAAAACAUUCUAUUAGAUGUUGACUUCAGCCCAAAAGUAGCAGAUUUUGGGCUCGCGAAGCUUCUUGGGAGAGAGUUCAGCAAGGUUUUGACAACCAUGAGAGGGACAACGGGGUAUCUUGCGCCAGAGUGGAUAUUAGGGGUAGCCAUCACAAACAAAGCUGAUGUCUACAGCUACGGUAUGAUGCUUUUUGAAUUGAUAUCGGGAAGAAGAAAUACGUAUCAAUCUGAAGCAACUAAAUACUUCCCAAUUUGGGCUUCGAGUGUAGUCAUAGAAGGAGGGGAUGUCUUUAGCCUAUUAGACAGCAAGUUGGAGACACAUGUUGAUGUUGAAGAGGUAUGGAGGAUUUGUAAACUUGCUUGUUGGUGCAUCCAAGACGAUGCGAAUCAUAGGCCAUCAAUGGGUGACGUAGUUCAGGUCCUCCAAGGGAUUCUGGAUGUGAAACCGUCUCCAAUUCCUCGUCUGCUCCAGGCUCUUGUUGAUGACGACUAAGAGCAUAUCGUUUUUGCAUUUCUUCAUUAUGCCACAAAAUUCACAACCACGGCACAAUCCAGUUUCUAGUCUGUGACAAUAACAGAAAGAUGUGCUUGAGCACUUCUCUCUUUGAUUAUAUAUCCUCUCUUCUUUUUUUUUUUUAAUUUUAUUUUUUGUAAAAGCCUUGGACCAUGGUGGUGUGAGGCUUCUUUUGUUACAUGCUAUGUUUUGCUUUGUUCUGUU